AUGCUUCCGCGGCAGGAACCACUUGGCUCACCAGAUACGUCAUCGCCCCAGGAAGUCACAUUGACAAGCACGCGAGCCGAACGCGACCUUCAAGACUCCCUCGCCGAACUCUUCAGCAUCAUAGUGACUCUGGACGAGCUAGAGAAGGCCUUCAUCAAAGACGCCGUAUCUGAGGCGGAAUACACAGAGAUCUGCGAGCGGUCGCUACGGCAGUACAAUGCGUUGCUCGCCGACGAGACCAUUGCCAGAGAGUUUGGCGGCCUGGAAGAGUUCCAGGCGAAGUGGGAUAUUGAAGCGCCCCGCGCGACGAAGCGACUCCAGGCCGGCAUGCCCUCCACCAUCACGACCCCCUCCUCCUCGGCCGCCGUCGGUGGUGGCGGCGGCGGCGGCGGCGGCGGCGCGUCCGACCGGGGCGGCAACACCAGCGGCGUGCUGAUCCUUGAGGCGACGCAGGACUUCAUCACGUUCCUCGACGCCGUCAAGCUCGGCCUACUAUCCAAGGACCAGCUGCACCCGCUACUAUCCGACGUCAUCCAGUCGGUCAACAAGGUGACGGACAAGGACUUUGAGAACCGCGGCAAGAUCGUGCAGUGGCUCAUCACGCUCAACCAGAUGAAGGCGAGCGAGGAGCUCAGCGAGCAGCAGGCGCGGGAGCUGGACAUGGACAUCCAGCAGGCAUACCAGGGGUUUCGGCGGACGUUGACGUGA